CCCCCCCCGCCGAGCCGCGUAGGCCACUGCUGGAUGGUACGUGCGCGCGGGCCGCGCUGCUCUGCGGCGGACCUCGAGGUCAGCUUACGUUAGCGCGCGCGGCAGGGCAGGGCUGGCUGCUGCGCCUCGUGUAGACGCUCCCCGCCGCCCCCACCUGUCCCCCUCCCGCCCCGGCUAGGAAGGCAGCGCUCGGCGCUCGCUCGCCCAGACCCGGUUUAUAAACAGCCGUCGGUCGCCCUCGCCGCUCGCCACCCUUCCCAACCUCACGGUUUACUUUGGCGGUUGAGAAGUUGGCGCGCGAUGGGGGAGGCGCCGAUGCCCAGGUCGCCGCCGAGGUACCCGGACCUGUGCGGCCGCCGGCGGCUGCAGCUGGAGGUGCAGAUCCUCAACCGGGAGGUCGGCUUCCUCGAGCAAGAGAUACAGGGACUCGAACGGAAUCAGCUGGUCUCGAGGUGUUGCAAAGAUGUCAACGAGUUUGUCAGUGCAAAAACGGACCCAUUGAUACCAAUAAACAAAAGGAAACACGGUUCUUGCAGUCUCUAUUGGUGGAUCAGAUCAAAAUUGUGCACCCGCUUUUCAUGCUUGUGCUGCUGGUGCCGCUGCUUGCCAAAACCCAAGGUGCCAAGCUGCUUCAGCUGUUCUUGCUGCCCCUGCCGCGACACGCAGUGCUGUACACCGAGCUACAGCUGCCCAAAGACCCCUUCGUGCUGCAGCCCCGGUCGCUGCAACUGCAGCCUUCCCAGCUGCAGCUGCAAGCCACACUGCGGCCACUGCCGACCGCAGUGCAGCAGCUGCUGUUCCAGCGACUGCAGCUACGCCGAUUGCCCGUGCUCGUGCCCCCGGUGCUGCAGCUGCCCCGGUUGCUCCUGUGCGGGAUGCCCAGCUGGCUGCCUCGGCGCCCUCAACCAGUGCUUGAGCUGCCGGCCUUCCUUCUGCAAGUGCCAGUCGUCGUGCUGCGACGGGGAGCCUUCCUGCCGCUGCACCGGCAGGGGAGUGUGCUGCCACGGGUCAUGCCUCGGUGCCCCGGCGCCGUCGUGCCCCGAGUGCUCCUGCGGCUGCGUGUGCUCCUGCCCGAGGUGCAAAGGAGGGUGCCGGUGCCCGCCGUGCGGCAACCCCUGCUGUGCCGGUGGAUGCUUAUGCUAAACUAGAUUAUUAUUAGGCGGAUUGACGUACCUAUGCCGCAUCUAUUUUUUUAGCACAGAGCAUGACAAAAGAAC